GGCGGCGCUCACGGCCUUCCCUCACAGGCGCCCCCCGGCUUGGACGGCGGCUGCGGCGGGGCUGGCCCUCUUCCUGCUCCUCGCCCUGCCUCAGGCGACGACGGCCUUACAGUGUGUUUGCCUUGUUUGUGCAAAAGAGAACUAUACGUGUACAACAGACGGACUCUGCAUUACUUCAGUGACACGGAAUGGAGAUAAAAUAAUACGUAAUAGCAUGUGCAUCGCAGAAAUUGAUCUGAUUCCCAGAGACAGGCCAUUUAUUUGUACUCCAUCAACAAGUGAAGGGGUUACUACUGUGCCUCAUUGCUGUGACAAAGAUUUCUGCAACAGAAUUGACCUUCCAAUUCCAACACCAGUUCCUGCACCAGGAAAGCUUCCUUCUAAUUUAGGACCAGUGGAACUGGCUGCUGUUAUUGCUGGACCAGUCUGUUUUGUCUGCAUUUCACUCAUGUUGAUUCUGUAUAUCUGCCACAAUCGUGCUGUUAUACACCAUCGUGUUCCAAGUGAAGAAGAUCCUUCCAUGGAUCGCCCCUUCAUAUCCGAGGGCACCACUUUAAAAGAUUUAAUUUAUGAUAUGACUACUUCAGGCUCCGGUUCAGGCUUACCAUUACUUGUCCAAAGGACAAUUGCAAGAACAAUUGUACUGCAAGAAAGCAUUGGAAAAGGUCGCUUCGGAGAAGUUUGGCGAGGGAAAUGGAGAGGAGAAGAAGUUGCAGUGAAGAUUUUCUCAUCAAGAGAAGAACGCUCCUGGUUUCGUGAGGCAGAAAUCUAUCAGACUGUCAUGCUACGUCAUGAAAAUAUCCUUGGGUUUAUAGCUGCAGACAAUAAAGAUAAUGGUACAUGGACACAGCUGUGGCUAGUGUCAGAUUACCACGAGCAUGGAUCUCUCUUUGAUUACCUGAACAGGUACACGGUGACUGUGGAAGGCAUGAUAAAACUAGCUUUGUCUACUGCCAGUGGGCUUGCACAUCUUCACAUGGAAAUUGUCGGCACUCAAGGGAAGCCAGCUAUAGCUCACCGAGAUUUGAAGUCAAAAAACAUCUUAGUAAAGAAAAACGGAACGUGCUGUAUUGCAGACUUAGGUCUGGCGGUAAGGCAUGAUUCGGCUACAGACACAAUAGAUAUUGCGCCAAAUCACAGAGUGGGAACAAAAAGGUACAUGGCCCCUGAAGUACUUGAUGACUCUAUAAACAUGAAACAUUUUGAAUCUUUCAAAAGAGCAGACAUUUAUGCAAUGGGGUUAGUGUUCUGGGAAAUAGCUCGCCGAUGUUCGAUCGGUGGAAUCCAUGAAGACUACCAGUUACCAUAUUAUGACCUUGUCCCUUCUGAUCCUUCGGUUGAAGAAAUGAGGAAAGUGGUUUGUGAGCAGAAGUUACGACCCAAUAUCCCAAACAGAUGGCAAAGCUGUGAGGCAUUACGAGUCAUGGCCAAAAUUAUGCGAGAAUGUUGGUAUGCCAAUGGUGCAGCAAGGUUAACGGCUUUACGUAUAAAGAAAACACUGUCACAGCUCAGCCAACAAGAAGGCAUAAAAAUGUAAUUUUGGAGGUGCUACUGAAGGAAACUCUUAAAAGUCCAUGUCUGCACUUAGCUUGUGCGUUGAGAAGGCUGAUCGUUCUACCUCACUGAGGGAACAGAAGGAUUUGGCUGCCUUUUUAUACGACAUAGGAAGACAAGUGAUUAGCCCAGGAUUUCUGUGGAUGUGGUAAAUAGUUGUACAUAUUCUUACUGUGCACUGUGAACACCUCUUCCCACCCCCCAGGGCACUCGGACUUUUGUCUUGUCUAGCUUCAGUGCUGUGUAAAGGCUAAUGCCAGUCUCUGCUAAUCGUGUUGAGAACAUGAAGAAUAUGCUUAAGAUAAUGGAGCUGGUGUACAUUAUUGAUACAGCGCAUUGAAGGAUUUCUUGAAGGUUUUUUUUUUUAAGCCAUUUGCUUUGGUCAUGAUGGUACACUGUAUAUUCUGAACCACUCUUGGAUUCUUCAAUUCAGAUGGCAUACCGGUUUUUUUCCUGGCUACUAAGACUAUAUCUUAUUGGACAUUUCUAUCAGGAUUCACAGACAUGACCUCAUUCACCCGGAGGAACAUACACGACAUAUGCAAUUCUAUUUUGUACACUAUUUCUGUUAUUUUGCUUCAGACAUUACAUGCCUUCAAAAUAGAUUGUACUGUACCAGUAAGUGCCACUUUUUAAUCUUAAUGCAAUUUAGUAAGGACAUGCAAAGUCUUUGGUGCUUGUAUAAUGUUGAAUACCAUGAUUCCUAGCUAAAAGGGGAUUUCAUAUUCGCAUGUGGAAUUCCUUUUUUAUUAACCAAAAUUCUAAUUCUGUAAGAAUCUAAAUAGCAUAUGAGUAAAUUCAGUAAUAUUGUCUUAAGUUAUGCAUCAUAAUGAGUCAUGGUGUCAGCAACUGUUUUCAGUUAAGUUAAGCUCUUACAAAGAGUGCUAGAAAAUUAUUUUAAAACCUGAUGCAAAAUUAAUCUGUUAAACAAGCUUACCUCUCUGGUGUCGCCUUGUUUCUCCACAAACCUCACCUGCUUUCACAGCGGUGCUUUGUUAACAAAUCAGCUGUUGCUGUGCUUUUUGCAUGGUUGAUGCAUGCAGGCAAACAUGUUUUUGCGCGUGGUUGGCCUCGCUGGAUGCGGUUCACACGUGCAAAACCAAAGUUUUCCUAGCUUCUGGGGCUGCCGGGUGGACAUCUUGCUUGGAUCAGUUCACUAUGCAUAUCAGUUAACAGACUGUUUAGCACUGCCAGGGCCAUUGGAUCUGAGUUUUUAGGGCUCUUUCCUUAUGUUGUUGGAGUCCAUGACAGUUGCCAUCCGUCUGCCUUAGAAGAGAAAGCAUUGGGUGUUUCCUUUGAAGGUCUCUUGCUUGUAGCUCCCACCCAUUAUGAUGUGACAGCUGGAAGCUGGUGUUCUCUCAGCAUACCUGACACACAGAGUUAACUAUAAAAAUUGGAUGCCCACUAAAUGCAUUUAUUUUCCAUAAUGGGUGGGAAAAAAAACUUACAUGUCACGGUGUAUCUGUUUUUGAUUUUGCACAUAUCAAGACAAGACUUGUACACAUUGCAUUGCUACUAAUAUAAUUUGAGAACAGUUGCAUUUAAGAGGAAAGAAUAAACUAGCUUUUAGAUUUUUGAAUAAGGUGGCAACCAAGAGGAAUCAGAGGUUUGCUUUUUGUUAACCCAUGUUAUGAAUUAAAAGUGAAAAUCUGUUCUGAAUUGCAAUCAGUUUUGCAGAGGUGCAGGAUAGAAAUAGCAAACCUGCUGUUCAUCAUCUUAAAUAUUCAUAAUUCUCUCAAGCCAAAAUUGAUUUUUUUUCUAUUGCAGUCUAUUCAGCUUCCAUAAGAGUGAGAUUUGUAAAAAAAUCACUGCAAAGUAGCUCAACAGAAUACUUAAUUGUGAGAUUAAUUUGAAUUCUUAAAACAGGCUUUGCAAAAUGCAAAUUUUAUAUUGUGAAAACUGUACACAGCUAUUUAUGGCUGGGGCUGUGAUAUAACUUGAAUUUUAUUCAUGUUUUCCAUUGUUUGGCAAUGUCUUAUGAAUGAGUGUGUGUAUUUCAUAAAAUUUUUAAAAUCCAUUGCCUGUAUAAAGUCAAACAUAGGUCUUUUAUAUGCUUACCCAGGCAAGUAUUAGUAUUUUUAAAAGAUUGUAAUGUUCUGCUCUUUGGGCACCCGAUGGGACCAAAAUGUUUCAGCACUCAGACGUAUCAUUUCAAGGAUGUACCAAAAGUAUUACUGGUACUAUACUGAUGCAAACAAGCAGUUGUUGUAAAUAUUCACACACACACACACACACACAGUCUAUCUUUAGUUGAUUCUAUGUUUUUUUUCAUCAAGUUUGUUUUCUGAAUAGCAUUAAAGUUUCAUUUCAGGUCACGGACACACGAGUAUACAAGAAACAGUACACAAAUUCUGUUACUUAAAAGUUUUGGCUGCAUUUCUUGGGUUAUUAGUCUUUGUUAGGGACCCUUGAGCACAGAGCCUUUUGUCAUAUAUAUAUUUUUUUAAUUUGCCUAUCUAGAACUUGGUAGCCUUUCACACCGUCUUUGUCUGCAGUGUCCUUACGUAUAUACAGCAAUGGCAUAGUUUGGCAAAUUUAAUCAAGUGUAGCAAAAAGCUACUCUGACAAAAUAACAAGUUAUCAAUUGGGUGCCAUUGCUCUUGGUUUUAGUUAGCCUCUUGUUUAUACUUCACCAUUAAAGCAGUUACAAUGGUAUAUGAAUUCUGUUACAUGUAAAAAAAAAUCCAGUAUGUCAGUUGCUUUAAACAUAAAUUACCUCUACGAAAGACCAAGGUACAUUUACCUCAUUUGUAUAUAUGGUUUAAUUUUUUUUUCAGAACAUUCACAAGGUUGGUAAUUUCACGCCUAUUAAAAUAUGGGUGUUCCAAUCCAUAAAUUCCCAGCUUUUCUGGUACUUAACCGGCUGCAAUCCAAAGCUCAGCACGUGCUUGGAUGUCACUUGGAGUGCCCAUUAAGGCAUGGCAAGGCUUCCCCAGUGGCCUCCAUUUUGAUGUGCUCUUAUGUGGACAUGUGCCUCCAUGGUGAACUCCCUGGGAAAGCCUUACCUUGGUGGGAACUGUGUGCACAUUGUAGCACUUGGAUGUUUUAAAAGGCCCUGGAUCGAGCCAUUUGUGUAUUUCGUCUUGUGCCGAAAUGGCAUACCUUUAUUUCCAUGUUGUAUUUUUUUUUUUUUGCAAAUACGUUUGCAGUUUUAUCAGUAUAGCACCAGCCUUUCCAGAGCUAUGUAGUUAAUGACGUACAAUUUUUUUUUUUACAUUUUGGAUGAUAGAUUUUGAGAUUCUGUACUGAUGAGUGUCACUUUUAAAGCCUUAUUGAAUUGUUCAUUUUUCCUGUAUAUGCCUGAUAAUUAUGUAUUUGUAGAGUAUACACCAGUGGGUUGUAAAUAAUAAUAGAUGAGUGAUAAUUAUUGUUAAGUGCUAACACUACAGUAGAAAAGAAUAAAGCAGUGGCAGAUUUUCUUUUUUAGUAAA